CCCCCCCUUUGACCGACUAUAAAUAAAGACCUAUAAAUAGUCACAAGAAAAGCGAGAAACAAUAUACCACCAUCACCACCAGUAUUACUAUUUUCCAUAAACGUUUACUUUUUCCUUCCCCGCUUAUAUAUUCCAAAUUCAGCCUCCAUUAAACGAACGAAGAAACAAGGGUUUCUAGAGAGAGAAAGAAAAAACCAAAAAAGCAAGCAAUUAAUCUUUUUUAUUUCUUUUGAUUGGAUUGAUAUGGCGGAAGUAGUAGACUCCAACAACACCCAACGACCCCUUCUCGCGGGGAGCGAUGAAGAGCAGAGGCUGAAAUACUUUGAAUUCGUCCAAGUUGCGACGCUCCAUGCUUUGAUGUGCGCGGCGAAACUGUACGCUUACGCGAAGGAGAAUUCGGGCCCUCUUAAGCCCGGCGUUCACACCGUCGAGGGCACCGUUAAAACCGUCGUCGGCCCCGUUUACGAUAAAUUUCACGGCGUCCCCAUCGAACUUCUCAAAUUCGUCGAUCGCAAGGUGGACGAGUCGAUGAACAAAGUGCAAAGCCGUGUACCCCCAACUCUGAAGCACGUGUCGUCCCAGGCCUUUGAAACAGCCCAGAAAGCACCGGAAGCAGCCCGCUCGGUCAUGACAGAGGUGAAGAACACCGGUGUGGUGGGGACCGCCUCGGGCCUCGCGAAGACGGUGUACGCAAAGUACGAGCCGGCCGCCAAGGACCUCUACACAAAGUACGAACCGGUGGCGGAGCAGUACGCAGUGUCGGCUUGGCGGUCGUUGAACCAGCUGCCGCUGUUCCCUCGUGUGGCUCAGGCGCUUGGACCGACAGCUGGCUACUGCUCGGAGAUGUACAACCAAACUGUCCAACAGGCUGCCGAGAAAGGGUACAAGGUUGCUUCGCACCUUCCGCUCGUGCCUACCGAGAGGAUUGCUAAGGUGCUUAGCACUUGAAAACGGUCGAGCCUGUGAUUGCAUACUGUGUUGACUAAUGUGUGAUCUGAUGUUAUUGUGUUGACUUUGGAACUGCACUAUUUCUUUUCCUUGCAAAAAAAAAAAAAAGAACAAAGGAUUGAUGUUUUCCUUGUUUGGGCAGACAGAUGAAAUUGUCUUGGUUAAAUAUGAAUUUUCUUUUAUAUUAUAUUGUCCUUCCGUGA